GAGCAGCUGCGCAUCGGUGCGAUCGAACGCUGGACCCUGAGCCGAGAAAGCGUAUUUCCACUUGCCGACCAUAUUUCCUGCGCUGCUCGCACCGCGACGGCCGACGAAAAGUGCAGUGAAUCAGUGAAUCCCCCGAGUCCGAGUUACCGAGUCCCAUUUUUUUUUCUGUUGCACGGUGCGCCAGUGCGAGGCGAAAAGUGCUAGUUGUGCAAUUGAUUGACACCAUCGAUCCGCUCUAACGGCGGCAGCGCGAGGACCGCAUCCACAGGUCACUGGAGUGCCCGCGUUCUGCCGUGGAAACAUGAAGCCCGCCGUCGCGAACUGAAGGGCAUUCACAGGGGCAGCGAAAGGCAGAGCAGACGCAGUGCGCAGAUCGCAGAUCGCAGAUCGCAAACAACAGACGAGUGAAGAAGCGAAAAAAUGAUGCCGCCAGGACUGCCAGGCAGCCAGGGAGCAGCCUUGACCAGGAGCAGCAGCAGCAGCGGCAGCAGCAGCAGCAGCAGGAGCAGCAGUGGCCAGCACUUAACGCACACGGCGGCGGGCACAACGCUUUACGAGUGCCGGCGGAGGCGGGAGCAGCACCACAUCGGUGGCAGCCACACGGGCCUCGUUCCCGGCAGCUGCCUGGGCAUGCUCUUGCUCUCCAUCACCUGCACCCUGGUGGCCUUCAGCUCCUUCGGCUUCUCCUCCGCCUCCGCCGCAGACACAGGCCUCGCGCCCCCGGACCCUCCUCCGGCCAGCCAGGUGGCCAUCUCCCCCAGCUCGCCCUGCGCCCCGCAGCACUGGUGGGACUCGCAGCGGGACCGCUGCACCCCGUGCACCCGCUGCCAGGGCGAGAUGAUACCGCUGCGGCCCUGCCAGCUGCACACGGACACCAUCUGCGGCUCCAUAUACGACCUUAAGAUCGACUGGGUGGUCCUGGCCAAGACCGAGCCCAACUGGAAGGAGCGCCGAAAGUCGCCCGAGUACGAGCACUUCGAGCACAAUGCCCCACUGCAGCACCUGACCCACGAGCAACUGCAGCAGCUGCAGGAGGAGGCGGCCGCCUGGGCCCUCGACUGGCAGAACGGCGUCCUCUACAUGGCCGUGCUCACCUGCCUGGUCUUCUUCUCGGUGGCCGCCUGCAUCCUCAUCCACCACAUGCGCCAGUGGCGACGCAUGGAGCGUCGCCUGGAUCAGGAUGUGGAGGAGCUGUCGACCAAGCUGAUGGCCAAGCUGGCGGAGGUGCAGAGCCUGGACGGAGGCACCUUCUUCAUCGGCAACGCGGACGCCUUGCGAGGACUGCCCGCCUCCGCAGCGGCGACGCAUGCAGCAGCGGCACAGUCGGGAAUCUUCCAGCCGCAACACGUGCUGCUGCCUGAGAAACGCGGCAAGCACCAGGAGCGACGGGUCCUGAAGACCCUCCAGCCCGGCAACGUGUACAUCGAGGAGAGCAACGCCGGACUGGGCGGCCUGGGCGUGGGCCUGGGCGUGCGGGGGUGCGCCGGCCCCAAGGGCUGAGCCAGGGGCAUACUUAAGGAGUGGCGACGCAGGAGCAAGGACGAAGCUCGAGCGGAACAGGAGCGGACGCGAAACCGAAUCCGCCACCGCAACCGCAACCGCACGGAGGAGAACUUUGUACAAACAGCCGCUUAAGGAGGGACGGAAGGGAACCGAAACUAUUAUUAUUUUUACAUUAUUAAUCUUAUUCUAAUAUUACGAUUUUUUUUGUCCUAAUAUUUAAUUAAAUCGUUAUGUUGACUUGUUUGUAAUGCGCGGACAGAUGAGGACGCGGGCUUCCCCUUGUGGGGGACCCCGAGCGAUGCGGCAGAGUGUGUUGUACAUAGAGAUGAGGCAUGUGGCACCCACCCACGGAUAUGAUUAAAGCGACUAUGAUUAACAAUUUCUACUUAAUGUAAAUACUAAGGCGAUCGAACACGCGAACCCACGCAACGAGACGAGCGGACUGGGACGGAACGAGACCAAGCAAUAUCGGCACAUAUCAGCUCCUAUAUAGACCGCAUAUAGACGCGCGUAUGGUCCACCUCACCCAUCCCACAUCCCAGAUCCCAGAUCCCAGAUCCCCUCCACCACACCUAUACUCGUCGCGUAACCAGCUAAAUAUCAAGCGAGAGCACUUCCGGCUUAAUCGAGUUAACUGUAACAGUAAUGGUAGAGAUACAGAUGCAACUACUUAUAGUAAUGAUAAUUAACGGAUAACUUAGCGGUAGGGAGAAUGUCUAUGUCCUAAGUGCUAUCAGUGUGCGACGGCAAUAAAAGUUCUAUGAAUAUGCGA